AUGUCGCCACGCCCAACACCAUGGCCGCAAUUCCACGGCGAAUUACUUCCCAACAUUGUUUUCCGGCUCGCAGCGCAACACCCAUCGCUCACGUACGCCAAGUUCCCGCGCGACCCGGGCGACAUGUCGCGGGGGUUUCGCACCUUCACAUAUGCUGAGUUGGCGCGGGCCGUGAGCGCGUUUGCGUGGUGGAUCGACGAGAAUGUGGGCAAGCUGGAGGAAGGCCAGAAGAACGGGAGUGAGACGCUGGUGUACAUGGGCCCGAAUGAUAUACGGUAUGCGGUGUUUUGUCUGGGGAGCGUGGUGGCUGGGUACAAGAUGCUUUUUCCCUCGCCGCGAUACGGCGCAGAGGCCCUGGUCAAGCUGCUGGAGACGGUGGGCGCAACGGCGCUGCUGACGUCCGAAUCGCCGUAUCCCGUGCAAGCCGAGAUCCUGGAGAGGAAAAGCUUGCAGACGCAUAGCGUGCCGAGUGUUGAAGAGCUAUUUUCAAGGGACGAGGUGGAGCGGUAUCCGUUUUCAAAGACGUUUGCCGAGCACAAACAUGAGCCGCUGAUAUGUUUGCAUACAUCUGGCACAACCGGAUUCCCCAAGCCCAUCCUCUGGACACACGAAUGGGCCAGCAGCCUCUCAGGCACCGUGCGCCUGCCGCCACCCGCGGGCUUCAAGUCGACGGACUGGCUCCUGCGUGGGAAAAACGGACAAGGCAACGCAAACGUCCUGGUCGUGUACCCGCCAUAUCACGCGAGCGGAAUCACCAGCAUGCUCUUCCUCGCGCUGUUCUUGGGCAUCAUACCCAUAUAUCCGACCAUGGGCUCCACGCCCGAAGAAGUCGUCGACCGCGUCAUCGCUGCGCUGGACUAUCUCGCUAAUGGCGAGAAUGCAACUGACGACGAGGAGAAGGUGGUGGAUAUGAUCAACAUGGUUCCGCCUCACAUCGAGGUCCUGGCAAAGUACCCGGCCAGGCUCGAGCAGAUCGCCCGCAGAACCACGGGAGUGCGCUAUGGCGGGGGCGCGAUAUCGCGGGCGACAGGCGACAAGGUGGUGCAGAAAGUAGCUCUGAUAUGCGGUUUAGGGUCGACGGAGCAGGGCUUCUGGCCGUGUGUGCGGCGCGUAGACGACGACCUCAAGGACGACGGGAUAUGGGAGUACUCGAUGCCGCAUCCCGCGCUCAACAUGCGGCUGGACCCUGUUUCCAAAGAUGCGGCGGGUCAGUUGGUGUGCGAUGCGGUGCUGGUGCGCAACGACGGCAAGGCGUGGGAUGGCUACGUGCAGCCGCUGUUCAGGCUGUUUCCCGCCGACGUGCGCGAAAAGAACAUGGGCGACUUGUUCGUUCAGCACCCCAAGUACCCCAACAUGUGGAAACACCAUGGCCGCGCAGACGACUUGCUGGUUUUCGUGACAAACGAAAAGUUUUUCCCCACUGCUGCCGAGCACCGGCUCCGGUCGCAUCCGGGCAUUGCGGAGGCGCUGAUUGUGGGCACGCGCCGGCCCAAGGCUUCACUGCUUGUGAGGCUGGAACCGGGCGUCGGGCUGGAUGAUGUGUGGGGAGGAAUCGAAGAGGUCAAUGCCGAUUCGCCCGUUUAUGCGCGUGUGGAGAGGGGGAUGGUUGUUGUGGUGAAUAAGCCGUUCUUGAAAACUCCAAAGGGAAGUGUACGAAGAACCGAGAUGGUGAAGAAGUAUACCAAGGAGUUGGAUGCGUUGUAUGGAGAGAGUGAAAAGUAG